AUGAAUUCUUUUUGUCUUCCCGUGCUUCUCCUCACCUUGUCCAACAGAUCAGUCGUCGGAUUCAUUGACAAUCAGAAUCAUGGCGAUCCCAAAUAUUUCGGAUAUCGCGAUGCAGCCGUCGCUGACGUUCAAAGGCAUCUCGGAGAAAUGAGAAAGCUGAUCGUGGACAAUCGGAGAGACAGCUUCAGCAACAUGUUCCGAUCGACAAUCGACCCUCAACAAGCGUUCCCUCCAAACGUAAAUCUCUCGCAAUUUUUCGAAAAUGUCCGCCAAAAUCCGUCGAUUCGAAAUAGUCUUCAGAUCAAUCUGGUCUCCCGUCCCACCAAUUUCGGACAUGGUCGCUAUGAAUUCGUCUAUCAAAUGAAAUACUGCCAGCCGGUCGACGAUCAAUGCCUGCAACGCUCGUUCAACAAAAGGGCGUUCAUCUCGAAUAAGGUCAACAGUCCCAGUGGAUUCGCAUUCGACUCAUUCAAAAAUGUCUAA